AUGAAACGAGUACCUGGAUGGUGUGAUAGAAUUUUGUAUUUUUGGCACCAAGAAAAAAUAAUAGGCGGAGGAAUAGAGAAUGAAGGAGGAGGAGAAGCUGGAAGAUUAGCGUUUAAAGAAGGAAGUAACCAUUUGUCCAAGAAGAAUGAGAAUGAGAAUAGUAAUAGUAAUAAGGAAGAACCUAUUAUUAAACUAGAAUAUUAUAAUUCUAAUAGAAAUUAUACAUUUUCAGAUCACAAGCCAAUAAUAGCAUUAUUUACUAUAAAAACAAUAUUAUCACCACCAGAGAAAAAGCAGCAGAUUAGAAGAACGUCUUCAUCACCAUAUGAAUUUGAUUCUUGGAAAAUUUUUAAAUCUAAUUUUGGUAAAAUAUCUGCUAAAAUUGUUGUAUUAAAACUUGCAAAGGCCAUAAAAAAUGUCAAUCAGAUACACAUUUAG